GCCAUGCAGCCCCGGGCUCUCCUUGUUGCUGUCCUCCUGGUGCUCCUCGCCUCUGCCCGAGCUGUGGAGGAGGAGGGCUCCUUGCUGGACGUCCUGAAUUCCUACAUAAAGGACGCGCUGACCAGUGUGGAGUCCCACGUGGCCCUGCCGCCCAGCAGCUGGAUGACAGAUGGCUUCAGCUCCCUGAAAGAGUCUUGGAGCAAGUUGUCCAGGUUCUGGAAUCCGGACCCUGAGACCACACCAACUGUGGCCCCUUAG